AGUGUAAAUGGGCACACGUGGAAGACGUGAAUGUGUGUGCUUGCAGUUUUUGAGAAUAUACCAACAUUACGUUUGUCUUUGGGAAUGCCACAUUAUAUACACUUGGCACACGACAGUACUCGUAUUUUUCUGCCUCUAUCCACGGUUUAAAAAAUAUUAACCACACAAGCAGGACGCAUCAGAUAUUGAUAAGAACUCUUUAUCAGAUUGAACUUUGGUACAAUUCAAAGGCAUGUCAUUAUUAUACCAAGGUUGAAAAAGCAAGUACUUUAAAUGUAAUCGAGCAUUACGGUACACAUACUGUACAAGACCGGACAGCUUCCUUUUAAAAUAACGGUUGCAUGUUAAAAAUACAUGCAGCCACUCACUGAUCAGACAAGGCAGAACUAACGCCUAUGAAAUCCGUUUUAUAUUUCAUUGUGUCAUCGUAAAAUGAAGGGAAAGGUCGGAAUAAAUGGCAUCUUACUUUUUGAAAUAAUCAUCAUUUUGAUAUCGUGCGUUCCAGAACGAACUGAUGCACAGACGUGCGAGAACAACUGUGCCAGCAAAAAUGUGGGGAAUUGUUCUUGCCACGUGACUUGCGAGCCACUGGGAACUUGCUGUGGUGAUUACAGGAAUUUUUGUCUGGAGGUGUCCCCGCAUUCUGGAACACUGUUGGGUGGUACCGACAUCACCAUCCUUAAAUCGUCGUUUGAGCCCAGUUCUGCAAUUCGCUGCCGGUUUAAUACGGAUGUAGAGACAACUGGAUAUGUUGAUAGUGAAAGGAAUGGCCACUGCAUUUCACCAUUACUGUACGAAACUGGGUGGAUUCCUUUUGAAGUGUCGACAGAUAAUGGAGUAAACUACAACCGGCACGGCACAUGGUUAUCAGUCCACCAUAGCAAAAUGGAUCCGCGGUUUAAAAUCCUGCUGCUGAAUGCAACGAAAUGGCAGUACUACGGGACUCCCAACACUGGUGGCUCUUUAGCAAUGGUGUGGAACACCUCGUUUGUGAGCGCUGACGCUGUCAAUGUGGAGCUGUGGGGCUACAGAGAAAAAGGUGAGCCCUAUUCUAGCUCCUGGGAGCCUGAGUGGUCAUUUCUUUACACCCUGGGAAAAGCUGUGCCAAACAAUGGCUCAUUUGGCUUUGUCCCAUCUCCUGCUAAGAAACCCUUCUCCGACUGGGAGGUUGGAGCUAUAAGAGUCAGCCCAAGUACACAGCCAGAAGGAGCAUGGAAUAUUAAUGCUAUGUGGAGUGGGGUUCACGCACUGGCCUGGCAUCUAGAGGAGGAGUUCAGAAAGGACUCUGCUGCCUGGGCGCUCGACAAAUGUCUCAGGUGGCAUGAAACUGAACUCAAGCUGCCCAACUUCCUCAGUGAGAUAGCUGACUGUCCCUGCACAUUGGCCCAGGCCAGAGCAGAUACUGGCAGAUUCCAUACAGAUUAUGGUUGUGAUAUUGAAAAGGGGAGUGUGUGCACCUACCAUCCUGGAUCUGUUCACUGUGUGAGAGCCAUACAGGCCAGUCCUAAAUACGCAGCAGGACAGCAGUGUUGCUAUGACAGCACAGGCGCCCAGGUGCUGACGGCAGAUUCUAUUGGAGGAAGUACACCAGACAGAGGGCAUGACUGGGGCUCUCCCCCCUUCAAAAAGCCCCCAAGAGUUCCAGGAGUAUCCCACUGGCUCUAUGAUGUCAUCAGCUUCUACUACUGCUGCCUCUGGUCAGAUAACUGUAGCUAUUACUUCACCCAUCGGCCAUCUAGCGACUGCAAGACUUACAAGACUCCAAAGCCUGGUAUUGUAUUUGGAGACCCCCAUGUUAUAACAUUUGAUGGCUCUAGCUAUACGUUCAAUGGGAGAGGAGAGUAUUACCUCCUGCAUUCAACUCACAAACAGCUGACCAUCCAAGGAAGAACAAAGCCCGUGGCAUUUGAGAAUGGGACUCUUGCCAAGGCUACUGGCUUGUCUGCAGUCGCCAUGCAGGAAGACAACUCGGACAUUAUCGAAAUACGCACCACAGACCGCCAGGACCAUCUGGAGGUGUUGAGAAACCAGCAAGUCCUCUCCUUCUCUGAGCAGAGUUGGAUGGACUUAAAGGGAGUCUUCCUGUACUCAGCUGUGCCCCAGAAUGUCACUGUCAUGUUUCCAUCUGGCGCUGGGGUGGAGUUGCGUGGGAGAGGAGGAGUGAUGUCAGCAAGCGUCCUCCUUCCAGAGGAGUUCAGGAACCACACGCACGGCCUGCUGGGAUUAAUGAACGACAGCCCCGAAGAUGACUUCGUGUUCAAGAAUGGAACGAUUCUCCCAGCUGAACGCCGCAGUCCAGAGGACCUAUUUCACUUUGGGGCAAAUUGGGCCAUUACUAAUGAGAGUUCCCUCUUCACUUAUGACAACCAGUACUUGCUGGACAAUUAUUACUUUGCAGAAAAGCAUGACUCGAGUUUUAUUCCUGCUUAUACUGUCACCGUUCCCCCAGAAGACCCUUUGUUUGCUGACAUGGUGAGACUGUGCAAUGAGAACGAAUUCUGCAAGUAUGACACAUUGACGGCACAGAGUCUGAAGAUGGGCAACGCUACCAGAAUCUCCUUCCAGAGUCACAUGUCUCUCGUGAAAGACCUAGAGCCUGUGAUAUCAUGCGGAUGGCUCCCCCCACCAAACAAUGGGAAGAAAGAAGGGACAACAUAUCUCGCAGGAGCAACUGUGAAGUUUUCCUGUGAUGACGGCCAUGUCCUCUCAGGCUCAGCUGAGCGCACCUGUCAGGAUGAUGGGAAUUGGUCUGGUGACACCACACACUGUGUAUCAGAUAAUACCCUUGGAAUCGUGCUGGGCAGUGUGUUUGGCGCAAUAACUCUGAUAACCAUGAUAGUGAUCAUUGCUCUCCAUAGCAGAAAGCAGAAAAGGAACGCUCGGACCACAAAACAAGUGGUUGGCGAACUGUCCAUGUUACGCUGAGAUAACCCUCUAACAACCGGCAGUCUGACAUUGAAGAUAAAACAUCUAAGAGCUAAAGCAGCCAAGGAAAUCAAUUGCAGUUUUAAAUUUCGCCUUCAUUUUGAUGAUCUGUUUUUGAAUAAUUUGUGAAGUGACAUAGUUUAUGUGUUAUUUGGCUCUAACACAUGGCAAAGUGAUUAUUUACAAACUGCAUUUUCAGUCUCAUUCACAUCCACUCACCACCUAGCAGCCCAGAAUGAUUCUGUCUGACCUGUAAGUACGUUGUGAUGUCUUGCCUUGAUACUGCAGCUGGCAGUAAUGGCUCAUGAUGGCUUUUUACUGUUAUGCAACAGUAAAACAGCUGUUGUUUCAGCUGGGCAGCUUUUUUCUGUUGCUGUUAAGGGGGGGGAGGUAAUUGCUUUUAAUUAUGUUUAAUUUUUUCAGAUAAAGUUCCACAAAAUGUAGCUUUGAGGCUACAGUAGGUUUAGAUUUCCAUGGAUGUCUGCCUUUCUUUCAUUCCCACAAUGCUACACAUCAUGGUUCAGUCAGAGUCAACAAUGUCUCUGAAACUGUGAUAUUUGUUUAAAAAUUCCCAUCUUACUUCUGUCAGGAGGGCUUUCUGAUUAUUAUGGCAACAAACUCUUUCUGCUGUCUUUUUUACCCUUCUUUAAUAUACAGUAGGCUUGUCAGUAAGGGUUUUAGUCUCUGGAUGGCUGAUCUCCUUUGAAUACCCAGUAAUACCAAAACAUUAAUUUGAGACAAACAUUGAAAAUGGUCUUGUUUUUCUGAUGUAUGAGUAUGUUUAUAAUGACAGGAGGACAAAUAUGGAGAGUAUUGGAACACUUUAAUGAUGCAGUGAUUCUUCCCAUUGUUUUGUGUGCUUUAUCUACUGUAGCUACACAUUUCUGGCUAACAACAACAACAAAGUCUUCUAUUGCCUUAUAACACUCCUGAUACCCCAUCACUUUUGAACUAGUUCCAGAUUUUUAAAAACCCAGACAGUGUUGCACUAUCCAAUUUUUUUAAAAUAUCAAGUCUGUAAGUGCCUUUUGUUUAACUUUGAUUUAAAAGACUGAUUUAGUUUAAGUACAUUUGUCUAGGAAAAGUUUGUAUUUUUAAAAUGGUUUAAUUAAGAUGACAAUUGCCUUAAUCUACCCCCUUUUUUAAUUAAAACUGAAUUUUUAAGCAGUAAACAUUUUCAUGUCUAGGAUAGAUGUACAGUAUAUGAAAAUGAGUAAUUUUUGAAAAAGUAUUCUAUGAAAAUAAAUUUUGCAAUUUAAGUGUAGAUUAACUUCAAAUAUCAUUGUUCCUUGUCAUUAAGACUUCACACGUUGAAUAUUGAAAUCACUGAAAUGUUUGUUGUUUGCUGUGAUUAUAAUUCAUAUGGCAAUCUUAAGAUUCAAGAUUUCCAGCUCUGAAAUCCUCCGUAAUAGAACCAUGUUACGCUUACUUUGGCUGUCAGGCUGAAGAUUGUGAAAGACAAUUUUUCUUUUUUUUUUCUUUUUCUUUUUUUCUCCCAAGUGCUUGGAAAAUAAGAAGAAAUAUAGACUUGCCCUUGCUCUUUCAGUACAACAGAACCUUAAUUUAGCAACGCGUUUCGGCAUGCCUUCUAAGAUGAAAUGUGUGACACAUGGGUACGUUGGAUCAGGAAUAGUGUAAUAAAACUGAAGUAUCCCUGUCUUA